CUCCAGUUCAUCAUCACAGUCGUAUACGAUAGAUAUACUUAACAUUAUCAUAUUACCAGGGCUAUGAAGCAUUCUGUGCGUAUCACAUUUAACAUGCUUUCAAAUAUGUACAUAUGCGACGAAAAUGAGCACAACAAUCAGCCGGUCAACCAUGCGCAAAUUCACCGGGCAUAAUUUUAUGCUUUUUUUCUUUAUUAGUUGUUCUUAUCAAAUACAUCGUCGUCCAUGCUCAGUGCGUUCGCCGAUUGGUCGAUAAGUCAACGAAUACUCCCUCACACAUCAACAAUAAUAAAUGUUCAUCAUUUUAAUGGAUGCGAAGUGCAUUAUGAUCAAUAAUUAUUGGUCCAUCUGAAUAAUCAAUAAUAUCACUUUGAGAUAUAAUAUUGGACAUAAUCAAUCGACCGAUCAAUUCCAUCAAGUGUGACUAUUUGUUGUGGUCAUAAUAUAUUUAUCUCUCUUGGGUAAUUAUCACCGAAACAAGAUAUGGCAUACCAUUUUCGUCAACCACAGCGCCAGAAUCAUCAUCAGCAUCGUAUUGAUAACGACGAAUUAGAAAUUUCAGUUGAUGAACAUAUACAAGAAUCGUUACCAAGCAGUUCAACUCAAAUCGAAAUCAAUCUCCAAGAAAGUGGCAUUGAAACACUUCCUGAAUACUAUUUGUUGAUGGAGGCGCCCGAAACGGUGCAUAAUAUCGCACUGGGUGGUAACCGUAUUAUGCAGUUACCAUCUGAAAUAAGCAUAUUCUCAAAUCUUAAUAGUCUCAGUUUAUGCGGUAACGUUUUAACAAAUCUACCCGAACAAUUGGGCAACUUAAAACAGUUACGCUAUUUGGAUGUGCGUAACAACUUACUCGAGACUCUGCCCAAGUCAUUUGCUCAACUCAAUCGACUGCAAUCGAUCAAUCUGUCCGGUAAUCAUUUCACACAGAUACCAGCGACAAUAUUCGAACUAAGCACAAUUCGUGCGCUUUAUUUGGGUGCGAAUCGCAUUCAACAAAUCCCAAAUGCUAUCGGCUCACUGAUAAGUUUAAAUAUUUUAUAUCUAGGCGGUAAUCGUUUGCGAGAGAUACCAGCUACAAUAGGGCGUUUACUCAAUUUGACUGCUUUAUCAUUAUGCGAUAAUCAAUUGGAGUCAAUUCCAACAACUAUCGCCGACUUACAAGCAUUAAGUACACUCGCACUUCAUAGCAAUCUAUUGACGACACUACCGAUUGAAAUUGUACGUUUACGCAACUUAGAACACCUCAGCCUGAGGAAUAAUCCACUUGAAUCAUCUGAUUCUGAAGGCAUUAACGACGAGUGGCCUUCGACAUCAUCUGACUAUAAGUUACGAAAGAUUAUGCUUGGAUAA